AUGGACGCUGCCACCAAAGGAGCUCUCGAGGCCGGGAAGCCGGGGAAUACCAUCCUUGCAAUUAGAUUCUUCUCGGCGCGAAAGCACGGCCUCGUUGAUGCGGGAGUACGUAACGCUCCGCCCGAUCGCACCGCGUUCCUGGCUUUGCCCGGCGGCGUUGGAAGCAUGGACGAGAUCUUCGAGAUGCUGACUUUGAUCCAGCUGCGGCGGAUCGGCUCCAGCUUCCCAGUGCCGUUCCUGCUGAUAAACUACUUGCUGGAGUUCCUGGCUACGUGCAGAGAGUGGGGGACUGUGGCCGAGGGAGAAGUGGAGGCGCUGUGGAGAGUUUGCAGGAACAACUCCGAGGCGCUCGACUACCUGGCCGAGUUCUAUAGCAUCAGUCACAGAAAGUAA